CGCUCGACUGGUCCGAUCUCGCCCGAACGGGUCAAUGUCUGAGGAGGAGGUAUCGAAAAAUCCAAUGGUCGGUGUGGUGUUGCCGUGCUGCUGCUCGACGACGACGAGGCAGAGAGGUCGUCGCUGAUCGCCGUGUGUAUCGUUCGACAUUACCGCCGCCGUGUGACCGCCGCGGAUGCAUGUUUCUUUUUUUUUCGCGUUCGAUAUCACCCACCGCGUCCAAUCGCGUCGUCGCGACAUACUGAGGAAGCUGCUGCAAGAACUGCCCUGCGUCGGCCUGUCCGGUGCCCACGACACACAGCGAUAGUGAGAAAGGGAUAGAGAAAGAAAGAAAAAGAGAGACAGAGUGCCGAUUGAACACGGGCGUUGAACGCGAGAACGACGACGAGGAACGACGGCGACGGCGACGACGACCUCCUGUCGAGUAGAGCGCAAUAGUCGUUCUUCUCGCUCCGUAACUACCCGACUCGCACCGCGCGCGGCGAUAUGCAGCAGUACGGAAAUCUGUCAGACAUCUACGACGAGGAGUGAAGUAGAGUAACGCAAGAAUCGGAGUAACUAGCGAGUGACGAGACUAUAACGGAGAGAGAGAGAGAGAGAGAGAAAGAUAGUAAGGAAGAAAAGUAUAGUGCGUGAGACAGAAAAAGAGAGAGCGAGAGAGAGGAGAGAGAAAGACGGAACGAGGCGCGACGACACGAGUGAGAGAGAGAGAGAGAAAAAGAGAGAGGGAAGCGAGUGCGGAGUGAAGAUAGCCGCGAUCGGUGGGAGAUCAACGCGACGUUGCCCGUGGAAGUAAGAAUUCACGCCGCGCGUCGUCGGCGGAGUACCGCGCGGUGGCGCGCCGCUACGUAAUACAUCGCCGACCGACGGAGAGAGCCGAGGCACGGGACCGCGAGGAAGUAGCCGUGUUUUAUAGGAGCCGAGUAGUACAAGCCGUCCCAAAAACGUCGGUCUGUCGUCGCUACUACCGCUACUACCACCACCAUCCCGCCACCGCCGCCACGACGUUGGCACGCACCCCUCGUCGCUCUCGCCAGCGGCGCUCUGCAGCCUCCCCCUCCCCCGCUACCGUUCAUUGGCUGACGGUACCGCGCUUUGGAACUGCUCGCGGCCGCCACUGCCGCAUCGCCGUGACAGCAGCGCGAGGAGGAAGCUAGGCCGUCGUCGCCGAGAGAGUGCGCGUCAGUGUGCCGAAAAAGAGGGUGGUGUCGCUUGUACGAGUGUAUGAAGGUGGGCUCUCCUCUCUCCCUCCCCCUCCCCUUCUGUGGAAAAGGUGCUCUCGUGCAACGAACACAGUGUAUGUGGAUCGACCUCGUCAUCUCUGCGCGCGUACGGGAAGAUAAAAGUCAUCCGUGAAAAAGUUAGUGUCGUCUGCGGUCUCUCGCGCUCCUUGUCGCCAUCUCUUCCCACACUCCUGCCCUCCACGUUCACCUUCCUCCUUUAGUCUUGUCAUACUUUUUAACUUUUCCAUCUUCGAACUAGUAGUCGAGCGUCGUUGGCAUAACGUGAAGUAGAAAACGUGAAAACGGUGUGAAGAGGUGAUAGAGAAAAUAAGAAGAGAGAGAGAGAGAGAGAGAGAGAGAGAGAGAGAGAGAGGAGAGAGAGAAAAGAAAGUGCGCGCGUGAGCGCGCACUCUCGUGCGAUGUGAUAAUCGCGUGUGUGAUUGUUAUUGAUGUGCGAGGUGGUGUUGACGACAAGGGAAACGACAUCAACGGCGACUACCAGGGCUAACUUCAGGCGGUGGCGGAGGAGGAGGAGGAGAAUCGCCGGAGAGGUACCGGCCAACCUAACCUAGUAGACGCAGCAGGAGUAGCAGGAGAGAAAGAGGCGGCGGGGACGCAACCUUUUCAAGUCGCGGUGUAGGUGUGGAGGCGGAGGUGGAGGCGGUCGAGAAGGCUUCAGGAUGAGCGGACGACCGAGAACCACCUCCUUCGCCGAGGGUAACAAGCAGCCUGCGAAUCCGCCCCUCGGCGGUAUGAAGAUCAGCAUUCAUCUGUGGGAUUCAGAGCUACGCGUAUGCGUGCAUACAUCCGAAUACUCUCGAGGGAAUGAAGAGGUGUCAAAAGAGAAGGUGGAUGGGAAAAUAGAAGCAAUUGCCUUUUUCAUGCUAACCCUAAGAUUCACGACUGUCGAUCUUGGCGAUUUACGUUACAUGCUGUCUGGUAACCUCGAUAGGAGUGUCGUGAGAUUCUAUGAGGGUGGAGUCGAUCUUGCACCUCUCCGCAUUUUCCUUUUAUUCACUUGA